AUGAUGCCGACACCUCGCGCUUGCUGCUCUUCCUGCGCCUCCCUCAACUGGAACGCGCGGCUGGCGCUCAUAGUGUCGCCAAUCAACAUGGUUGGCGUCGGGUUGACAGAGUCUACGAUGACGGCCUUUGCGUUCCUCAUCACCCGCAGCAACUUCCUGGUCGGCCUCUCGUCCACGGUAUCUGGCCUCGCGCUGCUGCUCGUUGCUCCGUGUGCAGGAUGUCUCGCGGAUCGAGUCGGCAGGCAGGCCGUCCUGCGGCUCGCGAGCGUGCUGGCCGUGCUCUCCGCCGCCUGGGUCUUUGUGUGGCUCUUGUACUUUCAGCCGCACACCAGCGACCGCACCUGCUACGCGCUGCUCCUCGGCUCGCAGUUCCUGGGCGGCCUGCGGCGCGGCAUCCAGCAGCCCGCAUUUGAUGCAAUCUUCGGCGACUCGGUCGCGAGCGGCCGCCGCUCUCAGAUCUACUCGUGGCUGUCGUCGCUGAGGAAGUUGGGCCUCGCGUGCGGGCCCGCGACGGCCGCGGCAAUCUUCUUUGCGCGGGGCGACAGCUGGACAGAGCCGGAGCUCGUCGCCGUGCUCCUCGCCGGCGCCGCCGUGCGGCUCGUGCCUGCCGCGCUGCUGUGGCUCUUCCGCGACGAGCGCUCCCUCGGCCAGGAGCGCGGCCACGUGGCCCCGCUGAUCGCGGUCGCCGACCUGACGGGCAAGCUCGCCUCGGGCCUCUCGAUGCGCUUCUUCUCGCUCUACUUUUGGCGCGAGCUCGGGCUGCCGCCCACGGUUGCGAUGCUCAUGCUUGUCGGUAACAACCUCGGCUCCGCCGCGUGGACGAUCGCGCUGCAGCGGCUCUCGCUGCGCAUCGGCCGCCGCCUCGAGCCAGCGGAGCCGCGCCUCAUCCUCCCGAUCUGCCUGCUGCGCUCUUGGCUCAUGAACUCGACUCUCGCUCUCUCGAAGAGCGUGCUCAACGACUACGUCCCCAAGCGGCACCGCGCCAAGUGGGCCUCGCUCGAGAGCGCACGCACCCUCACACCUGCAGGCUCGGCCGCUCUCGGUGGGCUGCUCUCGGACCGGAUCGGGUACCGACACACGUUCCUAGUCACGGCGGCGCUCCAGGCGGUGGGCGUGCUCUUGUACACGCCGCUCGCAUCGCUGGUCGCCGCCGAAGCCGCGCCGCCCAAGCGCGCCCGCGCGAGCACCGCGGCCGAGCCUCGCGCAUGCGGGGCAGGUUCCUCCUUUUCCGCUCCGCCUCGUCAGCCCGCUCGCGCCGCACCGCUCGCGGCGCCCCUGCUGAGGGCCGACGGAACCACUCGGAGCGUGGGCGACCACGCGCCCGAAUGA